AUGGCGGGUGCUAGAGAAGAUUCGCGGGCGCUCUUUGGAGCGGGCGUUCGCGCGGCGUUGGAAGCCUGGCCGGCCUUACAGAUCGCUGUGGAGAAUGGUUUCGGGGGCGUGCACAGCCAGGAGAAGGCCGAAUGGCUGGGGGGUGCAAUGGAAGAGUAUUUCAUCCGCAAUGCUGACUUGGAGCUAGAUGAGGUGGAGGACUUCCUUGGGGAGCUCAUGACCAACGAGUUUGAUACAGUUGUGGAGGAUGGGAGUCUGCCCCAGGUAAGCCAGCAGCUGCAGACCAUGUUUCACCAUUUCCAGAGGGGUGAUGGCGCUGCUCUGAGGGAAAUGGCCUCUUACAUCACCCAAAGAAAGAACAGGAUCACAGCCACUGCACUUACAACAGCCAGAGAAAUGGAUGAAGAUGGUGCAGACAGCACAGAAGAGAUGGAGGUCACAGCUACAAAUGAUGCGGCAGCUACAGCUGGGAUCUGCUCUCAGCCUGAACCUUCUGACCCAGACUCGCCCAAGACUAUUCAGGAAGAGGAUAUAGUGGAGGAUGGCUGGACCAUUGUCCGGAGAAAGAAAUGAGUGGAGCUGAAAUGGUUUGGGCCCUUGAGACUAGUUUUAAGGGGCUUUUCUGGAGAUUGCACAUCUCUUGACUGGAUAUGCCACCUCCUCACUCACCUACUUCCCUGCCUAGUUUCCUCCAUAGGAAGAAAAUGGACCUGGCCCAUUGUACUCCCCUGGGUCUUAAAAAUUGCUACCUGAGGGAAGAGGCCAGGUUUGCAGCACACUGCUUGUUGGGUACAAUCAUUGUAGAAGAAAAAGAUGAGUAAGUAUGGAUGGAGGAGCAACUGGACACUGGUUGACUGGGUAGGUGGAUUUGUGAAGGUACAGGACCAUGAGGAGAACUAGCACCCAGUGCUAGGGGGCUGGCUCAGUCAGGAAUGGCGAGAUGAACAUAGAGAUAAUUGAAGAUGUAAAUAAAAAAACAGGUAUACAGUGCUUAAUGUCUAUUGGUGCCAUAUCUGGCCACACAUCUGUGGUUCUAUAAGGUGUUUUGUUUUAAAGGGCAAACAGCUCUCCUUUUGUUUAUUUUCCCCUAAUGGUUUUAAAGACUCUAAACCCAGACUUUUGCAGUACUGGACCACAGGUGAGAUAUAGGUAGAGGACAAAGUUCUGGGGGUGGGCUUUUGAGCAUUGUCUGGCAGGCAGCAGGCAGGCACAGAGGGCUGUUCUUGCUGCUCAGUCUGGUAGAACAACAGAUGGGAUUGGGUGUGCUCUACUCACUUCCACUCUGCUUGCUUCACCUGGCCCCCCUCGCCUCCUACUGCCUCCAGCAGCAGCAGGAGCAACAAGGACAACUGGAAGCAGUCUCCCAUAAAGUAUAAAUAUGGGUUUUGCACAGUAUCCAGUUCACAUGUUUUUGUUGUAGUUAGGUGUCGUAGAGUCAGUUCAGACUCAUAGUGGGCCUGUGUACAACGGAAUGAAACACCACCCAGCCUUGUGCCAUUCUCACAAUUGCACUUAUGUUUGAGCCCACCAAAUCACAUAGCAUCCUAUUUUAUAGAACAUAUGGACAUUAAGUAACACAUACCUUUAAUCAUGGUAUGCUCUGCCCAGAACUUGGAACUUCUCAAGAACAAGACUUCCUUUCUGCUGCUUAUCCUCUAACCCUGGUUCCCUCGGGAAUUCGAAGACUGGCUAGGUGGUGAGCUUAGGAGAGGUGGCCUUUGUCUUCGGUCUUCUCCAACCCCUCUCCCCACUCUUCAUCCCAUCCCGAUUAAGUUUAGGGAUGAGACUUAAGAAUUUAAUAAAUACCUUAAUGUUUAA